AUGGGAGGCAGCAGCAUUACUGCUGCCCCGACCUCCGAGUCUGCUUCCCCUACCACAGCAUCCGGCGGCACCGGAACCAGCAACACCUUGACGCCCACCGUGACGCUGGCUUCCCUCGACGUUGAGCCUUACGGUAACAUCUUCAACUUGACCGCUGUUCCAGACGGAACUGGCAUACUGGUUCAGCUCCAAGUCUAUAACUUCGUUACGGACAUGCUCAAUACGCUCGCCUUUGUCAUCCAGUACGUCGGCUGCUUCCAGAUCUCGCCGGGCAACUCCCCCUUCACGGGCAACAUGACCAACUUCAUCGGCAACAGCGACGCCGGCGCUACGGCCGCAAGCUGCUCGGGCUACUGUGCCGGCGACAACUUCACGCUGUCUGCCAACAACGCCGGUGACUGUUUCUGCGGUAACGACCUGGCCGGCUCCCUGGUUCUGAACGAGGCCGAUGACCGCAACGCGUGCAACAUUCCCUGCCCCGCCGACUCGUCCCAGACUUGCGGUGGAGGUGCCAAGCUCAUGCGCCGUGCCGACUCGUUCCUCAACAUCAUCCUGGCUGCGCCCAUCUCCGAGGCUGUCCUCAUUCCACCGACAGGGAAUGACACGAGCACUACCGCCUCGGGAUCUGCUAGUGCCACAAGCAUGCCCUCUGGCUCAGCUUCUGGCAGCGCGAGCGGCUCGGUCUCUGGAAUCAUCCCCACUGGCUCGGUCUCGGGCAUCAUCCCCACCAUUUCCGUCUCGAUUUCCGUCUCGGGCAUCAUCCCUACUGGUUCCGUUUCGGGCCUUAUCCCCACUGACUCUUUCACUGGCAUCCUUUCAACUGGCACCGGCUCAGGUGGAAUCAUCCCGACUGACUCCGUAUCAGGCAUAAUCCCCACUGGCACUGGCUCUGGUGGUGUUAUCCCGACUGACUCUGCCUCUGGCAUCAUCCCCACUGGAUCUGGUACGGUGCCAUCCGUCACCGGCGCUCCUGGUGGUGCAGGUGGUGUCAACGGCACCGGCUUCCCCACUGGCACUGGCACUGGCACUGGCAUGACGCCCAGCGGUACUGGCGCCCCUGGCUCCAACAACGCCACCGCGACUGGCACCGGCUCAUCCCCCAGCGGCACCUCCUCGGGUGUGCCAGGCACAACCGACAUCCCCGACGCGCUCAUCCUCCUUGGUGUCAUCCCUGGCGACGCCAGCGCCAACCAAAAGCGCGGCAUCCGCGGUAUCCGCCGCCAGACCGCCCCCGCCUCCAGCGGCUUCAUCAGCGGCGCCGGCCCCAUCAACCCGGAUGUCUGCACGGACGCGACCUUGUUCUCGUUGACCGACGGCGAGCUGAUCAGCGGUGGCCAGGCCGUCUCUACCGAGCCGGGCGUGGCGUUUGCGCCUAUCCGCGUCAGCCCCACCGGCUCCAUCUCGACCACGUUCAGCGUCGUCAACGGCCUACUGGAAUGGUACAACGCCGCGUUCCUCGACGGCAAGGCCGGCUUCUGCCAGGUCGCACCCGGACAGGUCUACGCCACCUUCUCCACGCCCAGUACAUUCCCCGCCGGCUGCGAGGUCGUGAGCCUUGUUGUCUACGAAGCCGUGGCCUGCCAGAACGGCGUGAUCGUUGACCCGGCUGCAUCCAGCGUCCCCACCGGCAGCGCCACCGGUCGUGCUGGUGGCAACACCGCGCCCCUGCUGCCCAACGAGCGUGACAUCUACCCCGAGGGCGGCGCACCAGACGACGAGCUCUGCGCCGAGACCACGCUCUCAUGGGUGCCGGGCAGCCCGACCUUCUUGCCGCACAACGAGCUGUGA